GGCCAAGGCGGCGGAUCGGGCAGGCGGCACCUGCCGUUCCCAGCCCCCGUCAGCCGCCGGCGAUACCAGCUCCGCCCCGCCACGGCUCCCUUCGAGGGGCGAGGGCAGCCGUGCCGGGGCGCCCUCCGACCAGGGAGCGCCCAACCAAUCGCCGGGCAGACAGCUCGCUCCGCUGGGUGCGGAUUGGCUCUCUGCGGCCGAAGUGGGCGGGCGGAGCGGGCGCCGCCGGAGCAGCCACAUCUACCCGGCUGCGCUUUUCAAACGCCGACUGUGCGGGCGCGGCGGUUGGCGGGUCGGCCUGUGGUGCGCGCGGGCCGUUGCGGCGACCGUUGGCCCGUGAGGGGCUUCUUGGGAGUCCGGUGGAGACAGGUGACUGGCAGAAGAUAGACACCUGUUCCUGACUAUGUCGAGGAGAAAGUUGGAGAAUAAAAGCCUUUCUGGCUUGUUAGCCACAUCUCUGCAGACACAAAUCAAGACAGACAAUUUCCAUAAUUUUUAUAUGCUUGAAUCAAAAGAGCUAGGAAGAGGAAGAUGUGCUGUGGUUAGAAAAUGUAUAGCUAAAUCCACAGGCCAAGAGUAUGCAGCUAAAUUUUUAAAGAAAAGAAGAAGAGGUCAAGACUGCAAAGCAGAGAUUCUUCAUGAAAUCGCCGUACUUGAAUUAAUGAAAUCUAAUCCUCGUGUAGUUAAUCUCCAUGAAGCCUAUGAAACAGCAAAUGAAAUCAUCUUAGUGUUGGAAUAUGCUGCUGGAGGAGAAAUAUUUGACUUGUGUGUCCCAGAUCUGGAUGACAGAAUUGGUGAAAGGGAUAUUGUAAGACUUAUAAGACAAAUACUCGAAGGACUUUGCUGCUUGCAUGAAAACAAUAUUGUUCAUCUUGAUUUAAAGCCUCAAAAUAUUUUGCUGAGCAGCAUCAAUCCUCUUGGUGAUAUAAAAAUUGUAGAUUUUGGUAUGUCUCGGAAGCUUGAGAAUUCCAGUGAACUGCGGCAGAUCAUGGGAACAACAGAGUAUCUAGCUCCAGAAAUCUUAAACUAUGAUCCUAUUACCACAGCUACAGAUAUGUGGAACAUAGGUGUAAUUUCAUACAUGCUGCUGACACAAGAAUCUCCAUUUGUGGGAGCUGAUAAUCAAGAAACUUACCUUAAUAUAUCUCAAGUUAAAGUGGAUUAUUCAGAAGAAACAUUUUCAUCAGUUUCACAGCCUGCCAAAGACUUCAUUCAAAAACUUCUUAUAAAAAAUCCAGAGGAAAGACCCACAGCAGAGGCCUGUCUUUCGCAUUUGUGGUUGCAGCAAGCGGAGUUCAUACUCUUGUGUAGCCCUGAAGAAACUUGUUGCUCUUCUCUAAUGCCAGGACACACAACAAAAUGCUCAGAAGAGUGGAAUAUAAAAUCCAGUUGUAAUGGUACGUGUAGCAACAAGGAAGACAAAGAAAAUAUUCCAGAGGACAGCAGUACAGUCUCCAAACGUUUCCGUUUUGAUGAUUCAUUGCAGUAUCCCCAAGACUUCAUGACAGACUUCGUAUGUUAAUGUGUAAUACAGACUUUUAUAAAAUUAAUUUAGCAUAAUCUAUUCCAGUGGCGAAUAUAAGAUUAUGGCUUGCCAAUUCGUGCAGCAUUGGCAUACUGGAAAUGCACUUUGAUUCUUUUAUGCUGGUGCUUCCUUUUCUGUCCAUUGCUGGCAAUGGAUUUAACUCCUGAGAAAUUGGAGUUGUUGCACCAAUAAAAUUAAUUAUUUUUUUUAAGAAGAUAUAAUGAAAUAUUUUUGCACUUUUCAAGUUUUAGUCCAAAAAUGAUGCCAGAGUGAACAAACUAAAGCCUGAAAAUGAGUUUGUUUAAACUCAAGCUUCGCUAAACAGUGGUUGAAUACUUGCACGUUUUUAUGACUAGCCUUAAUAAGAAAUUGGUCUAAACAGGGGAAACUGAAUCUAGCUGUCCUACUGGGCUUAUUUGUGACCAUUCUCAUUGCUCUAAAGGGAAGCUAAAGUUAGUAUGUUUUGGGAAUACAAUACAUCAGUUUUUCCUGUGUUGGUUGGAUCUCUGGAAUGCUUGAAUAGAAAACAGGUAGAUUGUCAGCCCUUGUGCUAGUGGUCCUUUGCUUCUUAUCAGUAAGCUAUAUUUGAAGAGUUUGAGGGUCCCAUGCUGAUGUGAAUAUUUGAUAAACUUGUUAGCUUGCUUUCAUAAAACCUCCGAAAUACUAUCAUCUACCUGUAUUGACCUAUUCCUCAUCUUAACAAGAAAACCCAAACCCACAAAAAACCCCCCAAAACAAAAAGCCUCUUUAGAGUUAAAAGUAACAACUGAAUAAACUGAAAAUAACCAUUUUUGCCAGUGAAGCUGCAAUUGAAAGCUUUUCAUUAUGCCCCUCUCAUGUAGAAGUACAGUGCAUCUUUCUGUCAAUUACUGUUAUCUAUAAUAACUUAGCUUCAUGCCCGCUCGGAGAAAUGGACUGCAGUGUGUUAGUAUUUAAAUACAAACUACCUAAUAAUUGUUUUAAGCCUUUAAAUUUGGUGGGUAUAUUUUUUUAAGUUAUAUCCCUUCCACUUCCUGUUUCUAGGCUCUGAGGAAAUAAUGCCUAUGUCAAAUUUCGACUUGGAGCAAAUACCAAUCAUGCCUUAACAGCCUGGAACUAAUACUGACAAGAUAAAAUCCUAAUCAUAACACUGAGGCUGGAAGUCUUUUUGUGUAGGGAAUGUAUUAAAACUCUUACAAAUAUUUUGAAAGUAAAUGGCACUUUACAAUAGUUUUGGGAUUUUCCACUCCUCAGAGCUUAGACUUAAUAGUCUUUGAUUUGGUUUCUUUGUUAUAAUGUCACAAUCUGAUAAUCUUUUUUCAAGUGUGCCUGUGGACUUGUCAAUACUUAGGCAGAUUGAAGUUUUGGAACAACAGAUGACUGAGAGGUGAACAUAAUGAGUGCUACAAGGUUGUAUUUUUAUCUUUGUUCACACAGGGAAAGAACAGGUUUUACUACAAACAGAUUUCAGUAUAAGGUAUCACCAUAAUGCAUGGGGGAAUUCAGGUCUGUUGUCUUUAUUUUGGGUGACACUCAUGUUGACAACUGAAAAGUCAGCUGAGGUGUAAGGUGUGUAAGACUAUCUUUCAGCUUACAUUUGUCAAAAGAACUGUUUUCCAGGACUUAAUCUCAUGCAAAAAGAAGUAACAGACGUAUUCAGCACAUAUGAAGCUCUGAUGCCUAGGUAUAAAUGAACUACACUGAGUCUCCUCUGUAUUAAUUCUCAUGUAACUUUUUCCAGUGACACUGAUAAUAGAUAUAUCUAUAAAACGACUUUGCUGGAGGCAGUUGUUGGAUUGUGUUUAGGUACCUUAUACCCUUACUUUUCGAAGUCUGUGGCUUUUCCCAGUUAGAGUCUUAUCCAGCAUUGAGUCUCAUUUGAACUAGGUAAAUUAAAAAUAAGAACUAUUUUAUACAUUCUUAGAAGUUAAAGUUCACUUAAGAUAAAGAAGAAAAUGUCAAAAAGCUAUAAUGGAUGAAGCUAGACAAGAAUGUUUAUGAAAUUGUUAAAUUUUAAAAUUCUGCAAAAAUAUUACUGAACUGAAAUUAAAACUGGGAAGCUUGUGAAAGUCUUUGUACAUUAGUACUCUGUUUUUAACAUCUGGAAAACAAAGCUGAAAGCCUGUGCCAGCACUUUAUGACAAAAUUGUUAUUUCUAAAGAUUUUUAUCAUGGUAUCUGAUGUUUACAUUUCUUACUACUUUUGGAGCUAACUUAUCUUUAAAAAAAAUGAAAAUUGGUCUUAUUCAAGGAACUUAAGUUUUGAAGACUUUAUUUGUACUUUACAUAAACUUAAAAUAUACCUUGAAUCAGGUAUUGUUAGAUCAGUGGGUUUGAUUUAUUUAAAAAUACUAUUGUGCAUGUGUAACUUCAGUUGAAUGUAAAUACAUUGUAGACAAUUGUUAGCCUGUCUUGCUUCCUGCCAUAUUACUGGGAAUUACCAAAUGUAAAUGAGUGAUGAGUAACAUUUUAAGAUGACUGAAGUCAUAUUUCUAUGUAGUUCAUGACCUUUUUAUAUUAAAAAUGUUAAAUAAACUUUGCUUUUUUUUUUUUUCCAAAA